ACUAACUCAGUCAAAGACGCUAACUAAAGAGAGAGAUCAUCUCCAAAAGAACAAAGAGAAGCAAAUAUUGGAGGAGAUCAAUGUCUUCCUCUCCUUCUUCUUCGCUUGUUUCCGCUUCUCAUGAGGCGGCCUCAACAACGCUUCAACAACGGCUGCAGUUCUUACUUCAAAGCCGGCCUGAAUAUUGGUGGGUCUACUCCAUCUUUUGGCAAACAACCAAAGACAGCAACGGUUGUGUUGCUUUAUCAUGGGGUGAUGGUCAUUUUCGUGGCACGGCCAGAGACUUCGUCUCUAAAUCGUCCAACAAAGGCGAUGUCGACCCACAUAUAUACGGGUUCAGUUUCGAGAAAAAGAAGACGAGCAAAGUAGUCCAAGCUCUUUUUGCUGAGGACAUGGAUCUCGAUGGAGAAAUGGAGGCUCAUGCCGCUCAAUUGUACUACUUUUACGCCCUCUCAGAGGCACGUUCAUUUGCUGUCCGCGAUGGUGUUCUUGACCGCGCAUAUAGCUGUGGGGCGUACAUUUGGUUGACUGGUGAUCACGACCUUCAGUUCUACGAGUGUGAGAGAGUUAAAGAAGCUCGCAUGCGUGGUAUUCAGACUUUACUUUGCGUUGCAACUUCACGUGGGGUUAUUGAACUGGGUUCUUCGGAUGUGAUUAAAGAAGAUUGGAGUUUGGUCCAACUGGUCAAGUCCCUUUUUGAUGCUGAAAACACAAGUUCUCAGGUCUUAAAGCAGGCAAGCCAAUCGGGUCAGAUGGCAAUUACUGCCAAACGGGAUCUUCCUUUCCUAGAUAUUGGAAUGUGUUCACAGCCUCAGAAGGAGUACUCCACCUUGCAAGGGAGGCAAACGGAAGUCGAUGCAAUUAAAGAAGGUGCUGGUCUUUUCCGUUCAUCAUCUGACUCGGGGCGUUCUGAUUCCGAUGGCAAUUUCCCCUCUGAAAAUAUUGAGAACGUUCGGCUGAAGAAAAGAGGGAGAAAGCCAGCAUCGACGGGUCGAGAAUCCCCUCUAAACCACGUGGAGGCGGAGAGGCAGCGGCGAGAGAAGCUUAACCAUCGUUUCUACGCGCUCCGCUCGGCCGUUCCCAAUGUGUCGAAGAUGGACAAGGCAUCUUUACUUGCUGAUGCAGUGGUCUACAUCAAUGAGCUCAAGGCCAAAAUUAAGACCUUGGAAGCAAAACUUAAAGCACAAUCUCCGAGAGCCAAUAUUAAUAGUGGUAUGAGUACUUAUAUGUAUGAAAACCAAAGCAGAGCCACCAAUAUUGUUCAUCCCACAAGGACAUCAUCAGGUUUUACUACAAAUACGAUGGAGGUGGAGGUGAAGAUUGUUGGAUCAGAAGCCUUGAUAAGAGUACAAUGUCCUGACGUGGACUACCCGCACGCAAGAUUGAUGAAUGCACUUAGAGAUCUUCAACUUCAAAUUCAUCAUGCUAGCAUAUCAAGCGUGAAGGAGCUGAUGCUUCAAGACGUUGUGGUUAAAUUUCCUGAUGGAUCUGAAAGUACUGGAGAGGCUAUGAGAAGAGCUAUUCUUGAAAGAAUGCGGAGUUAGUUUAUUGUAUGUAUCUUAAUCACGUUAAUCUUCAUUCACCAUCUCCUAUUUAUAUAAUUUGCGUGUAACUGUAACCUAAGGCUACGACAAGCUUCUGCGAUGACUCAGAUCAAAAGCCUUGUUCCAGAAAGGAAAUCAUGUUCUGUAUUUCUACUUUUUCUUUCUUUCAGUUUUCUUCUUCUUCGUUUUCAGUUUUUGCUUGAAGUGAAUAAUAUUUUGAG